AUGGGUAGCAUAAAUUGUAAUGCUUCAGAAGAUCACCUUCAAGAUCCUGGAAAUAGAAUCAAUUCACAAGUAAAAGUUCUUGGGGAAUUGUUAUUAUUAUUGAGAAGCAAGGGUGUCUUACCUACUUUUGUUCUUGUAGAUGAGGAUGCAAAACAAAUAGUCACAAUACAAGAGGCCUGGACUUGGAUGGCAAAUAUUCAGCUUUGCUUAUGGCACAUUGAGCAAGCAAUUGACUGCAAAUUAAAAGAAAAGGAGUAUAAAUCAAGUCAAUAUACAGCACAGUGA